AUGGAUCUGAUCAGAUCCUGCUUGGAAAACAAUGACAAAUUGAAGCAGUUUUUUGAUAAAUCUAUUUCCACAAUGUUUAUGAAGGUUUAUCAACAAGAUCAUGAACCAAGUACUAUAGAAGUAGUAACUGAAUUUGUUUAUUCCACAGUUCCAUCAUUUUUUGGAAAAUUGGUUGGAAAUCCUCAUCAAUGGGAAUUAGAAUCAGAACAUUUUUCCAGCGCAUCAGAGUAUCUCAUUUCAAGAACAAUGCCAGAAGAUUUAAGAAAUAAUUGUUUAUCUAUCUUGAGAACAGUUAUGGAUUUUAGUUUCAGUGAACAAUUUUAUGAUAAAUAUGGUGUCAACCAAGAAUUUCUCACAAGGAGAGUGAAACAGUAUCUUUGGGGAUCACGAAAACUGUUACAAGAUCAAGUUAUUGAACAGAUUCCAGAAUUCUCAGAACAUCUUCGUACAGGUGUCAAAUCUUUCGAUUUUGACAAGAUUGAGAUUGAAUUCUGUGAUAAUUAUAAAGCAACUGUUGAACCAAAAACGAGUGGUGUUGAAUUUGGUGAGAUAUUAUCAUUGAAACUCGGAGACGAAACAAUUGUCAGUUAUUUCAUUAAAGGAUUUACUGGCUAUCCAAUCAGAAAUCAUUGUCACGGAUCUGAAGAUGUUUGGUUUGAAGAAGAAUUUUUUGACGAAGAAAAUUCUUUCUCGUCUUGGUAUUAUCCAUAUCCCAAAUUAAAGGAUGCACUUGCUUACAAACUUCUUGAAAGCUUUGGUUUGGGUCCACAUGUUGAAUUUGUAAUUAAUCCAUAUAUUUCACGCGGAUUUUAUAUUGCAACUCGAGAUUUAACAUAUGGAGAUCAAACAUUUAGGGAGCUCGAAAGUGAGCUGAUCAAAACCCUCGACUUAGAUUAUUUUAUCUUACUACAUUACACGCAACAUCCAGAAGAAUUUAUUGGAUUCAAAGAAAGAAUUACAACAAUUGAUAUCAUUGGCCGGAUAUUAUGCUUAGCAGAUCUGAACAAAGGAAAUAUCCGAUUUCUUUUAAAAGGAUCUAAUAAACAUAAACCUUCUUAUUUUCUCAGACACACUGCUGAUUUACUUCCACAAAUCAUAGACUUCAAAGUUUUCAAAAUGCCUGAAUGGUUAAGAGAAUAUUAUGGAAAUCAAUUCCGUAUUGGAGAAAAUCAUGGAGAGUAUAAAGGAUUGUGUAUAAUACCAAAAAUACUUCAGUGCAGACCAGAUGAAGAGAAAUUUCUCAUGGGAUAUAAAGCAAUCAAGAACAUUAAAGAAAUGUUUGAAAAUCUAAAACCUGCUGAAAAUCAAAAUAGUCUUGAAGAUAAUGACGAAGCUAUAUUAAGAGAGUUUCUUAAGCAAAAGGCAGAUGAAGUCAAAGCAAUGUUUCUCAAGCGCAGAGAUGAUUUACCUGUUCUCAGGAACAGAACGAAUGCAGAACUUAUCGGCUUCGAGUUCAAAAGUCUUUCAAAAUUAAAAGAAUCUAAAGAUUCUAAAGAUUCUAAAGACAAUAAAUGUGAAGAACAUAAACAUGUCAAAUAUAUUGAAGAUUCAUUUGAAGAACUUGACAAGUAUUGCGAAGAUAUCAUCUUAAACUAUCAAACUCUUAAGAAAUACAUUAACGAUGGAUAUCAUGAAUAUUAUGAUGACGAAGGAAAUCUCAUUAAACAUUCCGAAUAUUUCGAGUACUACCCGAAAUAA